AUGCAUACCAAAUUGGUUGCGGCUACCUUCGUGGCCGCCGCCUCUCUGGCUGGCGCUAUCCCGGACCGACCUAAGAUUUACUUCCCACAAAAGAUUAAGCGAGAGAUCACGAACAGCACAAUCACGACUGCGUCGGCUCUGUCUACUACGGAGAGCUCAUCAGGCAACACCCAAGAUAGCACAAGGGACCCUUUCUCGUUGUCUCAGUUCUUCAGCAGCCUUACUGGCGACCGUACCUCAUCUGCUGCAUCGGACUCUUCCUCGACUACCAGCCCAUCGACAAUAACUGUGGCUUCGUCGACAGCAACAGCUUCGACCUCCGAAUCCACGGCAUCCUCGGACGUUGAUACUACUGCGACGACCUCUGACUCCUCAGUGUCCACCAACAGCGACAGCGCAGUUUCCACAGCUUCCACAGCUUCCACCAGUGACUCGAGCAAAACCGUCGACGAAGUAGGCACUACUUCCCAGUUAAUUGCGCUGCCGACGCUUAGUCUUACCUUGGGGUCGACGGACUCGACCACAACAACAUCUACAGCUGCUAGCGAAACGACUGAGGCUACCACCACUGCAACUGACUCGAUUAAUACUACUGACACUACUGUCAGUGCCACAGGUAGCGCCGCCAGUGAGACACUCUCGACUACCGAUGCCUCCAAAACCGCCUCCACUGCCAGUGAAGUUGCUUCGGCCACUGAGGUCAGCGUUACAGCGACUACAACUAGUGACGCCGCCAUCACACUGCUGCCAACAGUCACGUCUUCAUCCACCGAUGGCGGGCUAGGCGGAGUUUUGACAUCUGUGGUUUCCGACGUCACCAGUGCGCUCGAUUCCACGACCAACGCAACCGAUUCAACUGCUUCAGCUACUGCUACCGACUCCACGAUCGUGGCCACAACCGCUAGUGCAAGUGAUGCCGCUUCGACAACUACUCAGGACAGUAGCUCGAGCCUCAGUUUGACGGAUGUUUUAAGUUCGGUUUUGGCCGACCCUACCACCACAACAUUUGCUGGUACAGCAGCAACGACAACAGCAAGCAGCUCCGCCAGCGGUACCGAUCUGACGGAUGUUUUGACUUCCAUUUUGGCUGAUCCCACAACUACAACAUUCGUUGGUACAGCAGCAACAACAACAGCAAGCAGCUCUGCUAGCAGCACCGACCUCUCGGACGUCUUGACUUCAAUUAUAGCUGAUCCCACAACUACGAGCUUCUCCGGCACAGCGGGCACCGCGGUCACAACAAGCAGUUCCGCUAGCAGCACUGACCUCUCGGACGUCUUGACUUCGAUUAUAGCUGAUCCCACGACUAGUUUCCCUGGUACGGCAGGCACCGCAGUCACAACAAGCAGCUCCACCAGCAGCAGCACUGAUCUCUCUGAUGUCCUGACGUCUUUACUUCCGACAAUCACAUCCUCCCCAACUGUCUCUACCAAUGUCAGUGAUUCAACCACAGUGGCUAUAUCGUCGUCGACUUCAGCCUCGGAAUCAGUUUCGUCCUCGGCCUCGGUGUCAGCCUCUGCUUCAGCAUCAGCAUCGCAAUCCAUUCCAGCCUCGUCCACAGAGUCCGCGUCGGUUUCGUCGUCAGUGUCAAGUUCAGUGUCAGUGUCCGCGUCUCAGUCGGCUACGACAACUCUCAGUGUGCCAGCUACUCUCUCUUCGUCAUCGGCUUCAGAUACGAUUACAAUCAUUCCCACUACGACCGGCACCAACACUACUCUGCCUGAAAGCUCCUCCACAAUUACAUCCAUUUCUGUUCCCACCACUACUGGGACUAAUAUCACGACAACAGAAUCCGAAUCGUUGUCUUUGACUACAGCACCAAGCACCAGCGUUACCACUGAUCUUCCCACCAUUUCUGUGAACACCACAGUGCCAGUCGUCACCACCAGUGAAGCUCAAUCUACGUCUACUGUUGAGACGUCGCCCAGUGUUACCAGCUCCACAACAGUGGUGACAAGCAUCCAGCCCACUGCCACAAUUACCAACUCUCAAUCAUGGCUUCCAACGACAAUUAUUGUCCAGCCAUCUACUUUUGUCUCUCAAACUAGCGUUUCGUCGUCGACCACGUCUACAGGCAUUCCUACUAGCCUACCCAAGGCUAUCACCCCGUAUGAGACGCCCCCAGCACAGCCUGCUGGCACCACACCCAUUCAGAUUUCUUUCGGGUAUGGUUUCAACUACGAGUGGAUUGCUCGACAGACAAUGGCCGCCGCUCAACUCUUCUCGCUCGUUCCUCAAGCUAUUGCAUUCGACCGUGGUAUCUCCGCCGACAAUAUCGUCAUGAAGAGUAUCGUCCCUUAUGAUACAACUGCACAACUUGGUUUCAUUACCUCGCAAGCAAUUCUUUACAUUCCUAGUGACACUGUUGAGCUGUUGAGACUGGACCACAAGAUUCCCUCGUCGGCUCUGUACACCAACCCCAACUCCCUUGUAUACAACAUGACCAGCCAGAUCAACCCAGCCAUUGAUAUUAUCAUUGGUUCUACUCUGGACGGCAGUGGAACAACCUCGACGGAUGGUUCAAGCCCCAGCAGCACCUCCACCAAUUCCAACGAUGCUUUUGGAUCUGGCAGUUCAUCUAGUGACCAGACGAGCGGACAAAAGGGAACCACUGCUGCCAUCGCCCUGGGUGCUGCCAGUGUUGCCGGAGCCUACGGUGCCGCCAUGUUCAUUAUUGCCCGCCGAUACAAGCGCAAGAAGCAAAGACACCAGCGCAGCAGCUCCGUCACCUCCCCUUCCGAGAUGCGACAGGCCGGCAGUCCCGCCUUGAUGGGCGGUGCGCUUCUCAGCCGCGACUUUUCUACAGGCAAUUACGGAGGAGUUGCUGGCCACAUGGGCGGUCCUCUGGGCGGCAAUAUGCGCGACAGCCAGGGCAGUGGCCGAAGCGGUAUGAAUAACUCAGCCCGCACCGCUUUCAUUUCAGCACCAGUUGCUGCUGAAAACUCUCUUGGCUGGAACUAA